UUAUUCUCACAGACAGUGGAUGAGAUCUACAAGGUUGCAUCAAUUGCGCUGAGUCCAAACGUUCCUGGGCAGAUCUUCAUGGGGCUAAUGAUGAACCAUCCUAAACCUGGAGAUAUCUCGUACUUGAAGUUUGCUACUGAAAGCAAGUCUAUCCUCGAUUCUUUGAGGAGGAGGGCACAAAUAAUGACAGACGGUUUCAAUAGUUGCCAAAAUGUUGUUUGUAAUUUCACAGAAGGAGCUAUGUACUCAUAUUUUCAAAUAUGCCUACCGAAAAGAGCUAUCGAUACAGCCAAAAGCGCUGGCAAAGAACCAGAUGUUUUCUACUGCCUCAAGCUCCUUGAAGCAACCAGAAUAUCCACUGUUCCGGGCUCAGGUUUCGGCCAAAAAGAAGGGUAAGUGCUUUUCUGAUAUCAUCACUUGCUCUGUCAGUGUUUUUUUAAGAGAAACAGUAGGUCUUCCUACUGCGUAUAUUUGUAAACUUUUGAAGUAGUGUAACUGUAAAAACUGUACAUAUAUACAAGGUGGAAAGAAAAGCAAAUUGAAAUGAAGCUGGCUAUCCAGCAUUGGAUCUCUUGGAGCUUUUUCUGUUUUGCCCUGUGAGCAAUCAUCUCCAGUUCUUUGUGUUGUGAGUUAAGAAAUGUAAGAGAUCCCAGCCAAACUUAGAGAGUGACAAACAUGGCAUAUAAAUUCUGAAAACUAGAACAGUGGCACAUCAUUGAUAUUUUACACCAUCAUAGCGUAGGGUUUGCACAUAUGGAAACAGUCACACUGAACUCAUGUUUCACAUUAGCUACUGUAGGAAAUCAACCAUCAUCCUCCUCGUAUCUGUGAAUGCAGGAAAC